AAAGAGACUAUUAGAAAAUUUGAGAACGAUGGGGGCUUUUCUAGAAUGAGUAUCUUUCCGCGAAAGAAUCGGAGUCCUUCGUGUAAGAAAUGAGAUUUUCAGACCCAUUUCCACGUUGCCGAAGAAUGGCGGCAACGGCGACGCGCAACUAUAAAUUGAAUGCCCGCCUUCUCGUGCAGGCCGGAGCGAUCUUCUUCUGUAAUCAGGCCUUUUCCCUUGGGCUUCUUUGGAGAAGGGAUGGGCUCUGCCUCGCCGGAAUCCGACGUGUCCGCCGCCGAAGAUGUGCCCAACUCCAGCUUCCGUCCUCGGCCGUUUGAGUCCCUUCAGUUGCCCCCUGUCCCGCCGUUCCUCACUAAGACGUACGAUCUGGUGGAAGACGGCUCCCUCGACUCCGUGAUCUCGUGGAGCCCCGACGGGAGGAGCUUCGUGGUCUGGGAUGCCGUCCAGUUCUCUAUAAGCGUGCUCCCCCGUCACUUCAAACACGGGAACUUCUCGAGCUUCAUUCGCCAACUCAACACCUAUGUGUGUAUAUUCUUUUUUUAGUUUUGCCAUCUCUGUUUACCACUUGAUCGAUUUCUGCAUGUAAUGCAGGGAUGUUGAUGGCGUACUUCUUUCUCUUUCUCUUGUUUUUUUUUUUUUAAAUAUCUUUGCUUGGUCGAUGUACCUUCUUAUUGGGGGACCUUUUUUCCGAUUGUGGGUGUAGAGGGCUCUUUAUGUAAUGUAACUGGUUAUUUUUUAAUGGUUCGUCCUGUAUGAUAAUUGAUAAAUAGUUUGUGUGUCUGAAAGCUUCAUGGGGAAGGAAGACGCGUACAGUUUUCUUUAUCUGGUAAGUAAAGUGGUGAUGAUGAAGGCAGCAUGGCAUGCUUAGUUACUUGAACUUGGUAUCUUCGUAUUUUUGAGAACUAAGUGGUGUAUCAGAACGUUACUUUUUUUUUUUUCAUGCUAAAGAAACAGAGAGCAUCAGUUUUAGGUAGAUUGAGACACAUAAGAAAAUUUAAAAACAAAUUAUAUUUCAAUUUUAUCCCGUUGCUUUUUUGUAGUGGUUGGAAAUUAUUCCAGUAAGGGAUGAAAGGAAAAUGAUGGCUUACUAGCAAAAGGGGGACAUGAAGUUUUCCUUUAUACGUCUAGGCGAAUCGCAUUCUCGGCAACUUUUCUCUUCGGAUUCAGCCAUCACAAACUCGGUACUGAAAAUGUACAUUUUUUGGCAGCCAUUAUGCAAGUUGGCCACCUCAUAAUGAACGCAAUAUAUUAUUGCACAACAGCAGAAUGUUAUUAUAGAUGGAUCUGAGGGUAUCACUUUUUUUUUGGCUUUCUUGUCCACAAUCAUCAGUUUGCGGUACAAUUUUCUUUCGUAAUUGUUGCAGAUCCUAACGGCUAGGCUUUGCAUUUGCAUUGUUGAGCGAAAACCGAUCGAGUUGCAUUUUUCUUUUCUCAAAAUCACCAUUACCUGCAGAUUUAUCAUUUUAAAGGUCAUAAGGUACCUCACUUUCGUCCUGCCUCAUCCAUAAACGUAAAACUUGAAUCAUCAUGCCCGUUCUGAAAAAAUGUACACCUUACUGCAACUGGCUUUGGUUGAUACCACAUGCAGACUUCGGGUUCUAAUUCAUGCUUGAUGCCAGUAAUGGGUUUUCGUAAGAUUGAUACAGAACGUUGGGAGUUUGCCCAUGAGGAUUUUCUUCAAGGCCAGAGGCAUUUAUUAAGGAAUAUCCGCAGGCGCAGGUCAUCUCAGGCUCACCAACCUGGGCGUUCAGGAACGUGCACAGAAUUGGAAAAGACUGAUACGGAAGCUCAGGUGGAAGUGCUAAAAAGAGAUAAAGAUGCGUUGAUGCAAGAGGUCAGGAAACUAAGCGAGCAACAACAGCUGACCAACACUCACAUAAAAUCCUUGAAUCACCGGCUUCAAGCGACAGAGGAGCGACAGAAGCAGAUGCUUACCUUCUUGGCUAAGGCAUUUGUGAACCCAAAACUUUUAACCCACCUGUUUCUGCGUCAGAAAGAUCGAAAACUCCCAUCUCAGGGGAGAAAAAGUUUGCCCACCAGCCAACAAACGGACGAAACUUCUCUUUGUCCAUCUAUGGAAAGACAACUUCUGGAAUACAAGUUUGAAGAUUCUUCUUCAUCCCUCGAGUUGUCUGAUUUAGAGAUUAAUGCUGGUGUAGAGUUUUGUGAAUCUGUUUUACCAGUUAUGGUUCCCAAGGAUGGUCUCGGUACUGAUGGAGAAGCAAGACAGGGCAGUAUUGUUUCAGGCAGUAAUCUUCUGCCGAAGAAAGAAGAUGAGGACAAAUACGACGUUACUGCUUUGCCAACUUUUGAGUCCGACAUUUCUAGUUUGAAGGGAAAGAGUAUAUUGAAUGAUGAUGCAGAUAGAAGUGACUACAUAGUUGAUUACAUCGUCUCCACUCCUGAAGAUGCAUCAAUGGAGGCCAUCUUGGCAAGCUUGACACAGGAUUCAAAUGCUCUUGUCGUCAACCAUAAUGAGAUGUUGGAUGCUUCUGUCUUUUCUGGUGAAGGCUGUGCUAGUUCUGACGUUCUCUACAUGAAUGCUAUUGAUCUUCAUACUGAAGAGCAGGAUGUUGCUGACCUUUGGGGAGUGAAUUUGAAGCAAAGUUUGGAUGCUUCUCCAAUUGAUCUGUGGGCCAGUGAUUUAAGUGAUCAUCAAGAUUUGCCAAUUCAUAGCGAAAAUCAACUUGGGGGUUCAAAUAUGGUAGCAGAUGCAAAAGCAGUUGACUUAACUGGAGUUGGAAAAGGAAGCUGCUGAUGAUUGGCGAUCCUAUAUGUUCAUCCUCUAUAGCAUAGGAAUUUAAGGACUUCAUGAUUAGCAAGGUUGACAAAAGAGUUCACCAUGGGAUUCACGCAUCACUGUCAUUGCAGGAUCUUUCUUGGUUUUGGUAUGCUAUUUUAGAUCUUUCGUUUGUCCCUUCCCUCAGUUAUGGAUGCAGAAUCUAGUCUGCUUGCAAAAUCUGUAUAUUUUGACUGUGUGUGUGUCGUUGUUUUUUGUUAGAUAGCCUAAAAUGUUUAGAAUAUUGACAUGUUUCUCCUUUCAUCCUUUUAUAUGAGUUUGCUGAUCUGUGUUCAUCUUAACAUUAUGUCAACCUUGUUAAUUCAAGUUAAUGUUAUUCUGGUACCAGAUUGUCUCAGGUUUGGAACACGUGCUAUUCAUUUUGUAGAUAAUUUCGACUGCUUGGACUUUUUGUUUUGCGUUACAAUUGAAUGAGCAAUACAAAUAUGCAAUAUAUGUUUGUGUGUGUUGCGUGUUUUUUCAUUGCCGUGUGAUGCGUGUUUUUUCAUUGCCUCUUCAUGCAUGUGCGUGUUACGCAUCAAAGGUUUGGCCAGUGGUGAUGUGGUUGCUUAACUCUGAGAGGAAGAAUAGAGGCCAUGUAGUGUGAUGCUGAUGUACAUAAUGCAUAAAUGUGCUUCUAAUCCGAGGUUAAUAAUGGUUUCUGACGGUAGUUGAGUAUCACCAAUAAAUUCGUGUUUUGUUGAAGGAUCAAUAAGAAUGCAGUAGCUGUUAAAUAUUAGCUUGUAAAUUGCUUUCUACCUUAGUUUAUAUGUCAUAAUACUGUUUAUAUCGUUGAAAUGUUAUUUUGAAGUACAUUUUUUAGGUGACCAUCAAACUCUUAGCACUUACGAGCUAUGAGCCUUUUAGACUUGGUGACUGCAUAGUUCUUCAGAAGUUGCUUCCUGUAGGUGAUAACCUUUUCAGUGCAUAAUGCUGCACCCCUUUCUGCAAAUAUUAUGCAGACAGUAAUCUGUUGCUAAAAACAUGUAUAUGCAAGCUUCUGGCAGAUCAAUGAAAUAUCCGACAGUGCAUCCAUGUCUAUAAGCAGUCAUAGAUUUUAUGCUUGUAGCUUCCCGUAUGAUAUUGGAAAAUGGGGAGGCGCUUACUGGGUGCCUUUCGUCAUUUGGUUGUAAUCUACUUGCUUCUAGUGCUAUUAUAGGUCAGUAAUUCUCUCCCAUUCAAAAAUCUUCUAGUUAGUAAUAAUACAGGAAAGGGUGAUACUUUUUGAUGCGAUUCAUCUUGCAUUUACAAUGCGAGAAGCAUGGUGCAGCUCUUAGAUGUGUUUCAUACUGAUGCUCACGGUUUGACGCUUGAAUUUUUUCUUUUGGUUAACCUUUUCUGAACCUGUUGUAUUCCUCUUUACAUGGUUGCCUUUUCAUGGAUUUUUUUUUUUUUUGUGCUGAUUG